AACAAGGUUUAGACCAAAAGCUCUUCAACCGAUUUUUGCAUCUGCAAUCCACCGGUAAUGGCGCCCCCUUCUUCUCCAUCCACGUUCACCUGCAAAAACCUCUUCGCAAUAACCCUAAUCAUCGUCUUCCUCCUUUCUUGUUGUACCCGCAGUCCACGAGUACAAGCCCUUAAAGCACCAAUCAGACCACAAGACAUACUCCCACUUUUACCCCGCCAAGUUUCAUGGCCUAUUCUCAACACUUUCCGAGGCGCCGCCGAUCUUCUGCCGAGCUUCGUCGGAGCAGCGGCUAUUGCAAAUAAUUCGUUGUUGCAUUGGAAAGGGUCUUGCUUUUAUGAGAACACUGCGUGGUUAGAGCUUCAUAACAAAAGUGGUAGUGAAUUUGGUGGAGGCACUCUUCAUAUUAAGGUAAGCAAGGCACACAGUUGGACAUGUAUGGAUAUUUACGUCUUUGCCACUCCAUAUCGUGUGACAUGGGACUACUAUUUCAUAUCCCGUGACCACACCCUUGAGUUUGAUGAGUGGGGAGGGAAAGCCGAGUAUGAAUACGUAAAACGUAAAGGAGUUUCAAUUUUCCUGAUGGAAGCUGGGAUGAUAGGAACCCUAGAAGCAUUAUGGGAGGUUUUCCCCCUUUUUACAAACACUGGAUGGGGGGAAACUUCUAAUCUUGCUUUUCUCAAAAAACAUAUGGGAGCUAAUUUUGAAGAAAGAUCCGGGCCAUUUGUAACAAAUGUUACGGUUGAUGAUAUACACUCGGGUGACUUUCUUGCAAUAUCAAAGAUCCGUGGGCGAUGGGGCGGGUUUGAGACCCUUGAAAAAUGGGUAUCCGGGGCGUAUGCGGGUCAUUCUGCUGUUUGCUUGAGGGACCCGGAUGGGAAUCUAUGGGUCGGGGAAUCUGGACAUGAAGAUGAUGAGGGUCAAGAUGUAAUUGCUUUAUUGCCAUGGGACGAAUGGUGGGAGUUUGAGGUGACAAAAGAUGAUUCUAAUCCUCAUAUUGCAUUGCUUCCUUUACAUCCCGAUCUUCGCUCAAAGUUUAAUGAGACUGCAGCAUGGGAGUAUGCACAAAGCAUGAUAGGGUUGCCAUAUGGUUAUCAUAAUUUAAUAUUUAGCUGGAUAGACACCAUCAGCGAUAACUACCCACCACCGUUGGAUGCUAAUCUGGUUGCUUCAGUUAUGACCGUGUGGAAUCAACUGCAGCCUGCAUAUGCAGCUAAUAUGUGGAACGAAGCCUUGAAUAAGCGGCUUGGUACUAAGGGUCUUGAUCUUCCGGAUAUUUUAGUCGAAGUUGAAAAGCGUGGUUCGUCUUUUGCUGAAUUAUUGACUAUUCCCGAACAAGAUGACUGGGUUUAUGCUGAUGGAAAGUCAACUUCUUGUGUUGCUUUUGUCCUUGAAAUGUAUAAGGAAGCCGGACUUUUUGGGAAUCUUGCAAGUGAAAUCCAAGUUACCGAGUUCACAAUAAAGGAUGCAUACAUGCUAAACUUUUUUGAAGACGAUUUGAGUCGUUUGCCAAAGUGGUGUAACGAAGGGGACACAGUAGAGCUUCCAUUUUGUCAAAUCAAAGGCAAGUAUCGAAUGGAACUUCCCGGAUACAAUACUAUGAAUCCGUACCCUUAUAUGACCGAAAACUGCCCAUCACUACCCCCGGACUAUUUUAGGCCGGAAUACUGCUAAAGCAACGAGUUUUUGUCUUCAUUUGAUGGUGUUGUCGUAUAAAUGGUAGGCAUAUUGUUAGGAUCCUAAUUCGCUUAUCCUUUUUAGGGUCAUGAAACAUGGAUACAUACAUUAGACAAAAGUCAUAACAUGAAGCACUUGUAGUUGUAUAUAAUUUGAUUAUGUUAGACACAUGGAGUAGUAGAUUGUUUAUUGUAAUUCUACUGCUCGAGUGUAAUGAAUUUUAUGUAUAAAGAUCCAUCUUUUAUACCUAUAAAAUUUGGAGGGGGUAUCAUCUA